GAAGCCAGAUAAAAUAGUAUUGUUUUGAUUAUGCACUUGUCCCCAAUUAUAAUUAAAAAGAUUACAAGGAAAAGUGCAACACAACCGCCUUAUCCUCAUGGCCAUAUAGUAAAAGGAGUGUUUACUGGCAUUUCCGUUGAAGUAUAUGAUUCAGACAGCAUUAGGCGAAUUUAUGAGAAAGGAUGCUAUGGAAAGGGUAACAAAUCUAGGGGUGCCUCAAGCGUAGUCACAAAAAAUGCAGCACAUGAUACCGAAUGCCUUACGUUGGAGUUAGAAGAGUCGUGCUUUUUGUCAUACUUUUUGGGAGUCUUAUGCAUACACAAUCGUGCUUUUUGUCAUACUUUUUGGGAGUCUUAUGCAUACACAAGCAAAGAUAAUAAAUCGGAAUUUUUGGAAAGCCUUGCCGCCUACAUGUAUCUAAAAGCCAAGGGAUGUCUAAUAAAGAGUGGAAUUAAAUUUGGCGGCGAUUUUUGUAAGUAUUUGAUUCAUAUGUAAUACGGUGUUUACGAGGCAAUUUUACAGGCAACUUGUAUGGCCCUAUUAAGUAUGACGACAGAUGUAUAGUUGCUGGUUUGGUAGACAGCCUACUUUGCACGAAAACCAGAAAAAAAAACAAAUAGGUGGGUCUAGAGGAGGGCUUUUUGAUUCUAAAGCAAGGGUGGCCAUUUCAUAGGCACGCGUGCCAAAUUUUUCUCUUCUGCUUUUACACGUACACGGGGGAAAAACUGCGCUGCUUUCACACAUACAUGAGCAUACGCUAUGAAUCAGUGAUGUCGACAAUUAUGGCUUUGCUCUGAUCGUGCCCAAUUGAUGCGAAAUUUUCAAGCAAUCAAGUCGCUGCAAGACACGGUAAAAAUGUUUAAUAUGGAUUCGGAUCACGGUGGAAUAAUAAUAAGGUGUUGUCAGUAGCGACGUGUUUGUUGUAAUUUUGACAAAAUCAGUACGCUUAUUUCCAAUGAUGCCUACUAACAUAUUUAUACCACAAAACUUAAGGAAAAUAGUACUAGAACUACUCCUAUUGCCGCCGAUAAGUAAAGCUGAGUAGUGUAGUUCCUAUGUUAUUAUGUAACUUAUGUAUGUUAAAUAAGUAUUUCUGCUGUGCUCAAAAAUAAUGACAUCUCUUUUCUGUUUUGUACUAUUAAGCAUAUGUUUGUUAAAGAUAAUGUAUAAUGCAUAUAUUUAAAUACACACACACAUCAUGUACACUUUGAUUUACAUAGGAAUCCAGCCUAACGGUCCUCAUCAAAUUCUAUAUCACGUCAUGUCGUAGAAAAAGUGAAAAUAUUUGAAGUUGUACAGCCCAGCAGAAAAGACGCAGAA